CCCAACCUUGGCUCCACCACCCGGGAACUGCACCAGCUGCCCCGGGCUCCGCCCCGAAAACCCUCGCGGCCUGGCGUGCGCCGGCUCCUCCCCCGAACCCUGCACACGGGGCUGGUCCAGUGGGUCCGCCUCUGGCCUGUCCCCUGGCCGAAACCAGCCUGCCAUGGAGGGGGAUGUCCCCGCCGCUGCAGCCGCCUGCUACCAGCCGGCCAGCCCCCCGCGGGACGCCUGUGUCUACAACAGCUGCUACUGUGAAGAAAAUAUUUGGAAGCUUUGUGAAUACAUCAAAAACCAUGACCAGUAUCCUUUAGAAGAGUGCUACGCUGUCUUCAUAUCUAAUGAGAGGAAGAUGAUACCUAUCUGGAAACAACAAGCAAGACCUGGAGAUGGACCUGUGAUCUGGGAUUACCAUGUUGUCCUGCUUCAUGUUUCAAGUGGUGGACAGAGCUUCAUUUAUGAUCUUGACACUGUCCUGCCCUUUCCCUGUCCUUUUGACACUUAUGUGGAAGAUGCAUUUAAGUCUGAUGAGGACAUCCAUCCACAGUUUAGAAGGAAAUUUCGAGUGAUCCGUGCAGAUUCGUAUUUAAAGAACUUUGCUUCUGACCGAUCUCACAUGAAAGAUUCCAGUGGGAACUGGAGAGAACCUCCUCCAUCAUAUCCCUGCAUCGAAACUGGAGAUUCCAAAAUGAACCUGAAUGAUUUUAUCAGCAUGGAUCCUGAGGUAGGAUGGGGAGCUGUCUACUCCCUGUCUGAAUUUGUACAUCGGUUUGGCAGUCAGAACUACUGAAAGGGACAUCUGGAUGUAAACUAUGGAGAAAUUCUAGGACAUGAACAGUCCAUCUCUUCAUUUGGGACAGCAAACACUAUGGUACAUUUGGCUUGGAAUUAUAUUUUCUCCUUUUAAUUCAGUUGAGUUGAAACAUGAAUGAACAAAAAAAUUAAUAAAAAUAAUUUUUUUGAGGGGCGCCUGGGUGGCUCAGUUGGUUAAGCUUCCGACUUUGGCUUAGGUCGUGAUCUCAUGGUUCGUGAGUUUGAGCCCCGCGUCGGGCUCUGUGCUGACAGCUCAGACCCUGGAGCCUGCUUUGGAUUCUGUGUCUCCCUCUCUCUCUCUCUGCCUCCCCUCCCCCACUCAUGCUUUUUCUCUCUCUCUCUUUCUCUCUCUCUCUCAAAAAUAAAUAAACAUUAAAAAAACUUUUAAAAAUAAUAAUUUUUUUGAUAUGUCAGAUUGAAACUUGAUGCAGUGUCUAUUUGCUAAGAAAUUCCAAUGCUCAUUUGUUAAAACAUGUGACGACUCAUGCCAGUCAUUCCUUCUGUUAUGAUAUAGAUGCGUGUAUUUCGUGUCAGUUUUGGAUGUUUGGUUUCUCUCCCAUUGCCCUGUCAGCUCCUUGAGGGCAGGGCGGUGGCUCAUUGUUCUAUGAACCUCUAAUGCCCAGCAGGUGCCCAUAAAAUGUUUGCUGGUGAUUGUGCUGCUGCUUGAAGAGGGCUGAUACUGUGAGCUGAAUCAGCAAUAAGUAUUAGUCUUUUUGGACUACGAUGUUCUUCAGAAAAGACUGCAGCCCUCUCAGGCUUGAGUGUUACUUGGCCUAUUUAUCCAUGUUUUUAAAUAAAAUUGAUUUAAAAGUAA